AUGAGCCGUUGGUCCGGUAUACUGCAUGAUGUGAACAUCUUUGCUGGUUGUGUUUCAAAGGUAGAGGGUAGAAAUCAAAGUGGUUUGUUUAUCGAUGAUAAGCAAGCAAACACAUUGACCAUGUUCACGGAAGAAGACAAGAUGCACCGGAAUUUCCCGUACAUCCAUUGCUGGAAAAAAUUGAAAGACCAAGCCAAGUGGAUCAAUAGGAACAACCCGAGUGGAACUCAGAAACCAGCACCCAAAAAGCAAAAAACCACUAUGAAAUCAAGUUUUGCACAACUAGUUGUCAGUAGUAAUGUUGAUGAUAGUCAUCCUGCAGUGCCUACGUUGGAUAGGCCUACAGGGAAGAAGAAGGAGAAAGACAAAUUACGGUAA